AUGGUUUUCCCCAUUGUUGGAUGCUACCCAACAGACGCUGGGCUAGACAGAGGGACACUUCUGCGGAUCACUCUAGGGAGUGUAAUCCAGACUGUGUGCCCGGUACACAACAUCCACUGCCUUUCCCGCACCCACCUGGCGGGUCACCUGGUCAUAAACGGAGACCAGGUUGGUCAAACACGACCUUCUGUUCUUAAACCCGUGCUGGCCGGGUCUGAUAGCCUGGCCAUCCUGUACGUGCUGUGUGAUGACACUCAGUAUAAGCUGCUGCAGUACCCUACUGGGUCGAACAUAGUCCCUACCCUGCUGGCCUCACUCAUCCACUGUCACAAAAAGUUCUCCUCCAUCCACUCCAAAACCUUCCUGCACUGCCUCUUUGCCGCUUCUCCCUCUCCCCUGCUGGGCCGGGCCAUGCCUCGGGCCCACCCCCGGCCCCGGGCGGGGCUGCCCCGUCCCUGCCCCCGGGCGUCCCGCCGCGGUCUCGCCUUCGCCCGGCUCUGGCAGUGCUGGCGAUGGCGCUGCUGGGCGGGCAUCAGUGCCUGGGGCUGGGGCAGCAUUGCUGGCCUUUGGCUGCGCCUUUACCGACCCCGGCCCCGGCCCCGGCCCCGGCCCCGGCCCCGGCCCCGGCCCCGGCCCCGUCCCCGGCACCGGCUCCGGCCCCGGCCCCGGCCCCGGCCCCGGCCCCGGCCCCGGCCCCGGCCCCGGCCCCGGCCCCAGCUCGUCCCUGGGCCCGCAGAGGACACAGGCGGCGCGGCCGCUCCCGCCGCCUCCACUGCGGCUUCCUCAGCCCAAGCUCCUCCGCUUGGCAGCGCGGCCGCUGGCCCUGAGCCGCUGCUGUCCCGUUGCCAGGAGCAAAUGCCUGGGGAUGCCCAGCCCGGGCCGCUCGAGGGGCGCUCGGGGGCCGUUCCUGGCCCCGGGCCGAGCGCUGACAGCCGCGUCUCGCCGGCAGGGAAGGCGCAGCACGCCCUCCAGGAGCAGUACCGCCUGGGUUCGCUGCUGGGCCACGGCGGCUUCGGCAGCGUCUGGGCGGCCACACGGCUCUCAGACCGUGCCCCGGUGGCCAUCAAAAGGGUGCCACGGAACCGUGUCCGGCAUUGGGGUGAGCUGCCCAACGGCACCAGCGCACCACUGGAGAUCGUGCUGCUGCACAAGGUCUCCACUGGCUUCCCUGGUGUCGUCCAGCUGCUGGAGUGGGUGGAGCUCCCCAAAGACAUCAUUAUCAUCAUGGAGCGCCCGGAGCGUUCUCAGGACCUCCAGCAUUUCAUUCGGGCACGGCGGUUCCUGUGCGAGGAGGUGGCGCGGGAGCUGUUCCGCCAGGUGCUGGAGGCCGUGCGGCACUGCACCAGCUGCGGGGUCCUGCACCGCGACCUCAAGCCAGGGAACAUCCUGCUUGACCUGGCCACCGGGCAGGCCAAAUUGAUCGAUUUUGGCUGUGGCACCUACCUACAAGACACAGCCUAUACUCACUUUGCAGGAACACCGUCAUACAGCCCCCCGGAAUGGAACCAGUUUGGCUGGUACUAUGGACAGCCAGCUACCGUCUGGUCCCUGGGCAUCCUGCUGCACCAGAUGGUGUGUGGGGAGCACCCUUUCAGGAGGGGCCACAAGAUCAGCUGGGACCAUCAGCUCUCGCUGCCACCACGGCUCUCUCAAGAGUGCCAAGAUGUCAUCCGGCGGUGUUUAUCCAUGCUGGAUGUGGACCGGCCUUCAGUAGAAGACCUGUUGUGUCAUCCCUGGAUGCAGGAUAGUCAUCUGCCAUAG